AGGUUGAAUGCUCAGCAACGAAAUAACGCAGGUCAAGCGUUCGGAGUGGAGAUGAACUUUAAUCGUUUGCGCUCUCACAGAAUACAAGUCUUUCUUUACUGCAGGUCAUAGGUUUUUGUAUCUUUAGUUCUUAGAUUCACACUUUAGCUUGCAACACGCUCAAGUUCGCCUGGAUAAACUAGGACUCUGUAUGUUUGGCAAGGGUGGGCUGUAAGCCUCUAGUUUACUUUGUCCGGGACGACUCAUCGAUCUUUCUUCAGUAGGAAAUGAUGUCGUAAAAGUUUAUCAAACAUCAAACCGCCCCGCGUUGAAGUGCGCGGAAAGUACCGUAUUUUCAUGCGCGAUGUACACGGUUUGAAGAAAAGAUAUCUUAAGCGUAAAGUAUAACUAUGUUUCUUAUUUUAACCGUUGGCUUGAUUCCGGGUGGCCAGCGCAUUGUUCAGCGUUGGGCAGCAGUGUGGAGGGUAUAACACCUGGGAAUGCUUGGACGGGAACUUUGGACACUAACCUAAGUUUGAAACUCGCCUUUGGAAUUGCUUGGUCAAAAUCUCCUCCUCGAAAUGGAUAUUACAGUGUCUGAACUCAUGUCGAACUUCAUGGAGUCCCCGCUGGUGGUUUGGGUGAAGACUUUAGGGCCGCUGGCCUCUAACUCGGACGACAAGCUUUCUAUGUUCAUGGAGCUGGUAGAUGGGGUUUUCCUCCAUAAGAUCAUGACUCACAUAGACCCCAGUCCUAUGAACCAUCGGCUGAACAAGCAGGUUAACAAUGACGUCAGCCUGAGAAUUCAGAACCUCAGCACUGUUAUUCGGCACAUCAAAAGCUACUACCAGGAAAAUCUCCAGCAUCUCAUUCUGAUGAAUUUACCUAAUGUGCUGGCCAUCGCCAAGGAUCCGUUGUCAGGGAAGAGCAUGGAGGAGAUGAAGAAGCUGCUGCUGCUGCUACUGGGCUGUGCUGUCCAGUGUGACCGCAAAGAGGAGAUCAUUGAGAAGAUUAAGCUACUAGACAUUGAAACACAGGCAGCCAUAGUCUCCCAUAUCCAGGAGGUAACUGACAGCCAAGAGAAUGUUCUGGACCUCCAGUGGCUGGAGGAGGGGAAGAUGUGUGUCGAGGAGCUCGACUCUCUCUCCCGCACCAUGGCCUUUCAUCUCCGCAAGCUCAUCGAUGAGCGGGACGAAUGUUCGGAGCUGGUCUUGGAGCUGACACAGGAAAAAGACUACCUGCAGUCCCAGCAGUCCCUCGCCCCAGUGGGCUUUUCUAGCCCCGAGAGACCCUUGCAGCUCUCUAAAGAUGACCGCCAGCACCUGGCCGUGGAGCUGGCUGACACCAAGGGCAAGCUGCGGCGCUCCCGGCAAGAGCUAGAGGAGAAGACGGAGCAGCUGAUGGACACCAAGAACGAGUUGGACCGGCUGGACGCGGAGAUGCAGAAGCAGAAGCAGGAGAACCUGCAGCUGCUGUCGGAGGCGCGGUCGGUGCGAGCGUACCGCGACGAGGUGGAUGCCCUGAGGGAGCGUGCGGGGAGAGUGGACAGGCUGGAAACGGAGCUCGCCCGCUUCAAAGAGAGGCUGCACGACGUCCACUUCUACAAGGCUCGCGUGGAGGAGCUGAGAGAGGACAAUGUGACCCUGCUGGAGACUAAAACCUUGCUGGAGGAGCAGCUGAGCACAGCUAGGGGGCGCUGUGACAAACUGCAUGAGCUAGAGAAGGAGAACUUGCACUUACGUUCCAAACUGCACGACAUGGAAAUUGACAGGGACAGUGAUAAGAAGCGUCUGGAGGAGCUGCUCGAGGAGAACAUGCUUCUGGAGAUCUCUCAGAAGCAGAGCAUGAACGAGUCUGCUCACCUGGGUUGGGAACUGGAACAGCUGACCAAGAACAAUGAGGUCAACGAGGCAUGCAAGUCGUUCGUUUUCGAGCUGAACGAGACGGCGUCCAGCCGCCUGCUGAAGCUGGAGAAGGAAAACCAGAGCCUACAGAGUACCAUCCAGGAGCUCCGGGAGGCCUCGCGCAGCCUGGAGGAGGGCCACGUCCACGCCGUGGAGCUGGAAAGGGAGAAUCGGACACUCAAGAAGAAGGUCGAGGGGCUGCAGACCCAGAUGGACCAGGAGAAGCAGAUCACACAUGACUUGGAGAACCAAGGAGAGGAGCUGAAGCUGCAGAAGCAGAAGCUGGAGAAGGAACUGGAGAGCCUGCAGGCGGACAGAGACAAGCAGAUCUCGGAGCUGCAACAGGAGAAGCAGCACCUGAGCCAGACAGUCAGCUCCCUGCGCAUGCGCGCACAGGCCGACAGCGAGGCACGCGUGCGUGACAUGGAGGCGGAGAACCGCGUGCUCCACCAGACCAUCUCGGAGACGGGCGUGCGCCUGGCGCGGCUGGAGGCUGACAAGCGUCAGGCAGCCAAGGAGCUGGAUGGGGCGCGGGAGCGGGCUGAGGGCGCCGCGGAGCUGGAGCGGGAGGUUGCGCGGCUGGAACGCGGGCGCGAGCAGCUGCAGCGUGAGCUGGCGGCGCUGGCCAUUGCGGGAGAGCGAGCCGAGGAGCUGGCACGCGAGAAUGCCACGCUGGAGCAGGACAACCGCCGGCUGCGCAAGCAGGCCGACGCGGCGCAGGGGAUCUCGGCGCGGCUGGCCACGCUCGAGGCCGACCGCCGGCAGCUGGAGGAGCAGAACCUGGAGCAGCGCCGCGCCCUGGAGGUGGCCCGGCCGGCUGCCGCCCGCCUGGCGCAACUGCAGCAUGAACACAGCGAGCUGGAGGGUGAGCACGCCGAGUUGCGAGCUGCCACCGAGGAGCUGCGCGCCCACACCAAACGGCUGGAGCUCGGCCAGGCGGCUCUGGAACGGGAGAAGGAGCACCUGCGGAGCAGCCUGGACGCCAGCGGCGCCGAGGCCCAGGGGGCCCGGGCCGAGCUGCGUGAGGCAGAGACCCGGGCCGAGGUGUUCCGGCGGGAGGCCGAGGAGCUCAGGCGGGCGGCCGAGCGCGUCGACGAGGCCGAGAGGGCCCGGCUGAGUGCUGAGCAGGAACUGGCCCAGGCCGAAAAGGAGAGGAGGCAGCUGGAGAAGGAGGCACGCAGGCUGAGGCAGCAGAUGGAGGCGAAGGAGGCGGCCCUGGAGGAGAGCUCGGUGAAGGUGGCCAGCAUGGAGAAGGAGAGCACCGCCACCGGCAGGGAACUGGCACGCCUCCGCGAGGCCUCCACUCGUGUCAAGGAGCAGGAGAAGGAGAACAAGGAGCUGCAGAAACAAGCCACCAUCGACAAGAGGACCCUGGCCACGCUCCGAGAGGAGCUGGUCAAUGAGAAGCUGCGUGUCCAGCAGCAGCACAAUGAGCUGGAGAUGCUCAGCGCCGAGCUGGAGAAGAUCGGCCUGAGCCGUGAAAAGCUCCUGCAGGAGGAGCACAGCACAGAGGACAGCAAAUAUAAGAUCCUGGAGACCAAAAUCGAGUCUACGCUGAAGAAGACUCUCGAGCUGAAGGAGGAAAAGGUCCAAGGCCUGGAGUCACGUCUGGAGGAGAGCAGCAGCCUGAACCAGCAGCUCCGCACAGAGCUUGCCGCUGUGAAGAAGACCCUGGAGGCGCUCAGGCAGAGGCAGGAGGAGGAGGCCGCCCACUCCGAAAUGUCCCAGAAGGCUGUGCGGCAGGACCUGGGCCGUGAGAAAUGGGAGCUGGAGCAAAGGGAGGCCACGGCUGAGCUCCUUAAGCAUAAAGACCACCUGAUCACGGUGGAGAAGAGCAACGCGGCCCUCGAAACGGAGAAGCACCUCCUAAAGGCGCAGCUGAAGCAGCUCGACUCCCAGAACGCGCAGCUAAACGCUCAGACGCUGUCCCUGCAGAAGCAGGUCUCCGCACUGCAGGAGCACAACAGCGCCUUGCACAAAGAGACGGCCAAGCUCCAGGUGGAGAACUCCACGCUGAGCUCCCAGAGCUUGUCGCUGGCCACCCAGUAUGGAGCGCUGCAGGCUCAGCUGCAGGCAAUGGAGGCAGAGGCAGAGUCUCUGCGGCGAGAGCGGGUGGAGGCCCGUUCGACCCGCGACGCUGCCGCCCAAGACCACGAGCACCUGCUGGCCGUGCACGAGAGGCAGGCAGCUGAGUACGAGCAGCUGAUUACCCAGCAUGCCACGCUGAAGGCCAGCCAGCGGACCCUCGAGCAGGAAUACCGCGGCCUCCAGAGCAAGUACACGCUGCUGUUGAAGCAGAAGGAUGCUAUGGAGGAGCUGGAAGUGUCUCUGCAGAGAGAAAGGGACAGCUUGGGGGAGGAGCUCCAGAAGAACGCCAUGGUCCUGGGCGAGAACCGUAGCCUGAGAGAGGAGAUGGACAGGCUGGUGCAGACGCACACGCAGCUGCGGCGGGAGUAUGACGGUCUGCAGCUGCAGUCCAAGGAGCUGAAGACAUCGUUGAACGAGUCGCAGCUGGAGCUGAACCGCUGGCAGGCCCGCUACGACCAGCUGAAGGAGCAGCACCAGGGCCUGGACAUCUCCAUGACCAAACUGGACAACCACUGCGAGCUCUUGACACGGCUGAAGGGGAACCUGGAGGAGGAGAACCACCACCUCCUGAGCCAGAUCCAGAUGUUGAGUCAGCAGAACCAGACUCUACUAGAGAGGACCAUGGAGAGCAAGGAGCUCUACCAUGAGGAGCAGAAGCAGUACAUCGAUAAGCUGAACUCGUUGCGUCGGCAGAAGGAGAAGCUGGAGGAGAAGAUCAUGGACCAGUACAAGUUCUACGAACCUUCUCCUAAAAAGAGGAGCCACUGGGUGGGAGCCAAAGCUAUAGCCAAGCUGAUCAAGCCCAAGAAGGAGGCGCUCCGGGAGCGUCCGGACGGCUCCCGCGAGCGGCUCCGCAGCGCCCCGGACAUCCCCCUGCCCGACAUCCCCGUCUCCCCGCACUGCCUCGACGGCAGCCCACCCCUCCACCCACCCCCGCUGCCCCCCCGCCAGGGCCACCUGAGCCUGGACCGGCCGGGAAACCUCCCCGCCGAGGAGAACCACAUCUUCAGCCAGCAACUCGACGGCAGAGGGCCAAGCGACUGCGGCAGCUCCAGAGGCCGAGAGGGGUACCGUCCUGCGGGGGGCAGCAGCGAGAGUAUGAAUGGCUAUGAGGAGCUGACGGUGAGGCGGAGGGGCACGGAGCCGGGGGCAUCCUGCUCAACCCCACUGAACCACAGUUCCCACAGUGCAACGGGCUCCCGGCCAGGCCGCAGGCCUAAAGGAUUAAUCUCGGAGGAAGACCAGCGUCUGCACUCCCUGGAUGCUGGCUUUGGCUCCAGUGGCCAUGGAAACGCAGGCUCCAGGCCCAGUACUGCCGACUACAGCCGCAACACCAGCAGCAGCAGCUCGCCCGUCAACUCCAAAGAUUCCCUGGAGCGCCUGCAGCGGCGCUCUGCCAGUCUAUCCAGUGACGACGCCGCCGGGAUGGGUCCCGACGGGUGCCGCCUCAGCCAGUCCUCCCUGCUCCCCCGUAGCUCCACCCUCCCCUGUGAUGCCCCACCCAUUCCACGCUCUGCCCCACGCUCCGCCCGCCACCGCGGCUCCUCGCCAGGCAGCGAGAUGGUCACCCUGGAAGAGUUCCUACAAGAGAGCAAUGCCCUGUCGCCCCCUAGUGUGCAGACAGGGAGCCGGGAAGAUCUGAUGUCAGACUAUUUCACCAGAACCGGACGGCCAGCACCCUUGAGGGAUGGAGCCAAAACCCCCACCAGCUACGUCACGCCCACUGUCAAAACGCCCCCGUCUGGGCCGGAUGGGCGAGCCUCCAAACCUGGGCAUAGCGUGAAGCCCAGCAUGCGGCUUGUGGAGACAUCCACGCCCCCCUCUCAGUCUCAGACGCUCCCCAACCGCGGGGCAAGUGGCCCCGGUGGUCGGCCCUCUCCACUGCAGCAAGCCGGGCCUCGCGGGGUCGGAGGGGCUGCUGGCCUGAGCCGUACCUUCAGCCUGGCCUCGGCUGAUCUCCUCCACUCCACCGGGCCUGAGAGCUACCGGCCCGAGGCGGGUUCGCCGAGCCAGGCCGAGGGCGUGGUGAGGCGACAGGGUUUGCCAGCACGCGAGCGUCCACAUUCAGCCAGGCUGGCGGGCACCUCACCCCCACCUGCUGUAGACCCUCGCCGCCUCUCAGUAGCUCCACCCAGAGAUGAGCUGUCCCUGCAUUCCUCCGCCCCCUUGCAGGUGGACAAGGGUCCUGGCGGUGGGUGCACUGGAGCGCCGGGGCUCGGCCGCCCAGCCGCCCAGCACCACCGUGGGGAGGUGGCGAUGGUGACGCCAGUGCGUGCUGUCUCAGCCCUCAAGCUAGAGGAGGUGGAGGAACCCGGUGAGCACAGGCAGGCCGACCUCCAGCCACUGAAGAAAGCCGACAGCCCAGGCUGUGGCACGAGAGAGCAGCCCAGCAGCUCACCUGCUUCACCCGACCAUACCAACGACCCACAGACUGUGUGGUACGAGUACGGCUGUGUGUAGCUCCCCAUGAGCCCUGCAGCCGCUAGUCUGCUCGACUCUGUGUUGGGGGUGACUUUUUUUUUUUUUUUUUUUUUUU